UGUGAGAUCUGCAGGAGCAAAAUCUCCGUCUCUCCAGACAGGAGAGACAAGAAACAGAGAGAUUUUAAAAUUUUGCAACCAAUUAAAAUCUCUCGUCUCUUCUUGUCUCGAAUUGAUUAUUUCUGCAUAAAAAUGAAUUUAUUUUCUUGUUUGAGCCAGAAAUGGAAAGACGGUGACAAUUAUAAUGUUGAUGGUACAGCUCCAUCUCCAGAACCAAAUUCGUUGAGACUAAAAGAAAAUGAAAAUGAAAACAAUGAUGGCAAGAAAACAGAGGCAUGCAGCUACAAAUAUAGUGAACUUGUAGCUGCUACCCAAGAUUUUACAGAGGAUAAUCUCAUCGGGGAAGGUGGAUUUGGAGGUGUAUACAAGGGCCUGUUGGAAUCAGGACAGGUUGUUGCUGUGAAGAAACUUGAUCAAAAUGGGCUUCAGGGUAAUCAGGAAUUCAUAGUGGAAGUUCUGAUGUUAAGUCUACUGCACCAUCCAAAUCUUGUUACAUUGGCUGGCUACUGUAGCGACAAGAAUCAGAGACUCUUGGUGUAUGAGUACAUGCCAAUGGGUAGCUUGGAGGAUCAUCUUUUUGAUGUGAAAUUUGAUAAGGAACCACUUAAAUGGAGCACAAGACUGAAGAUUGCUGUUGGUGCAGCUCGCGGCCUCGAGUAUCUCCAUCUCAAAGCAAAUCCACCUGUUAUAUACCGGGAUUUGAAGUCCUCCAAUAUACUGUUGGAUAGUGAAUUCAAUGCAAAGCUCUCAGAUUUUGGACUUGCGAAACUCGGGCCUGUUGGUGACAAAACUCAUGUUUCAACACGAGUAAUGGGAACGUAUGGAUACUGUGCCCCAGAGUAUGCCAUGACCGGAAAGCUGACCCCAAAGUCUGAUAUUUACAGCUUUGGUGUCGUUCUUUUGGAGCUUAUUACAGGACGCAGGGCAAUCGACAACACUCAGGAACCAGAAGAGCGGAGCUUGAUAGCCUGGUCCCGGCCUUUUAUGAGAGAUCGAAAGAAGUACGUACAAAUGGCUGAUCCGCUAAUGCAAGGAAGAUUUUCCGUCCGUUCUUUGCACAAUGUUGUUGCCAUUUGCGCAAUGUGCCUUCAAGAUCAACCCAUGUUUCGGCCUCAAAUAAGUGACAUUGUCGCAGCCCUUGAAUUCUUAGCCUCCCAGGCUGAGAAGAAGGAUGCACGCCUGAGAAGUAGUUCCCGUACAAGCCUAGACCUAUCAUCAUCCGAAUCCUGAAACUUUCUUAGCCAUAUAUGUUUGUCUAUAUACGACCAUAUCAAUAAAAAUAAAAUCUAUAGGUCGCCUGCAAAAUGAGUUCAAGGCCCUUAUAGCUGUACAUGCCAUAAAAGAGAAGGAAACUUGAUUUUUUGAUCUUAUACUCUGCUUAAGCAGAUCUC